AUGGCAUGCUGUUGCAAGUCUGGUCGAACAAAUAAGUCGUCGGUGAGUUGUCUUGGUCGCUGUGAUCUGCCAAAGCACCGAUGCCUAAACAAGGAGGAGAUAAAACCUGGCCCUGUACCGAAAUACAUGGGAUGGCAUUACACUGCAAAGGACGCACCCGAACAUCAGCUACGAUGUGGAUGGCGUCCAGGUCACAUUUCAUGUUCUGUCCUCAGAAAAAUUGAACGGCAUAAUUGCAUGAAGAGUGGUGAAUGUGGUGCACCUUGUACCAUUGAACGGUAUAAUUGCAUGAAGAGUGUUGAAUGUGAUGCGCCUUGUACCACUUCUUGUUCGAGACCGACUUGCUUAAAGUCUUGUUGCAUGACUCCCAAAUGCGUUUCAAUCUGUCCUUCAACCACUUCCUGCAAACCCCCGAUUUGUGGGCAACCUCUUAUAAGAGUUAUUAGACACGGAGGCCAAUACAGCAUUUGUACAAAACCCUCAAAUAUCAUCAAUACACCUUCUGGUCCUUACCCAUUGAAGUAUGUUCUUAACACCAAUGACAGUGAAGACAAAGAAGAAACAGCCAAAUACAGCGUAGAAGCAAAGUUUAAUGAUUACCAUUUUGAUUACACUAGCUCACAAUCAUCUUUUGUGCUUGAUUUUUCGCCGCCAAAUCAAAAAUGCUACAAGACGUGCCCGAAGAAAAGUGCUAUAUGCUUGCUUAGUGAGGCAAAGAAAUAA